AUGCCACUCCCAACAGGUGUCUACCGCGCGGACCAAGUCGGAUCGCUUCUCCGGCCAAAGGAGAUUCUAGCCACUCGUGAAAAGAUAGCAGCUGGAGAGGCCUCAUCAUCUGAUCUGCAGAAACUCGAGGACAAGUAUAUUGCCGAUGUCGUCAGCAAGCAGCUCCAAGCAGGGCUCCGGUCCAUCACUGACGGCGAGUUCCGCCGCGCUUUCUUCCAUCUCGAUUUCUUGCAGCAUCUCGAUGGAAUCGAAGUACAGGGCAGCCUGAACUCGACAAAUAAGUCGAAGGGCGGAUGGCAGCCACCCAAGUUAGUCGUGACUGGCAAGCUAGGUCACAGCAAGCCCAUCCAGGUCGCGGACUUCAAGUUUCUUGAGAGCCAGAUUGCUGCGGCCGGUGGUGAGAGCAAAUACGGAAAGGUCAGCACGAAGGUCGCCAUCCCGAGUCCUACGAUGGUGCAUUUCCGUGGAGGCCGUGAGAGCAUUGACCUCGAGUCGUAUCCUUCUCUGGAUGAAUUCUUUGAUGAUCUAGCCAAGGCGUAUCAGGAGGAAUUGCAGGAUUUGUACGAUGCUGGCUGCCGAUUUGUGCAGCUCGAUGACACGAACCUGGCGUAUCUCUGUGAUCCGAACAUGAGGUCUGCCGCCGAGGAACGACAUGGCAGUGAUGCGAAGAAGCUUGCCAGUCAAUAUGCGGAUUUGAUCAAUCGUGCGAUUGAGAAGCGACCCAAAGACAUGACAAUCGGCAUUCAUCUAUGUCGAGGAAAUCACCGCAGCCAGUGGUUUGCGCAGGGCGGGUAUGAGCCUGUUGCAGAGGUCCUGUUCAAAGAUCUCAACGUUGAUGUCUAUUUCUUGGAAUAUGACGACGCUAGGUCAGGUGAUUUUAGCCCCUUGCGCCAUCUACCAGAAGAUAAGGUGGUGGUCUUGGGGGUAAUGACUAGUAAGAAGGGCGCUUUGGAUGACAAGGAGGCCAUGAUUCAAAGGAUGAAGGAAGCCAGCAAGUAUUGCAAGAAAGGCCUAGAUCAGCUCUGCAUCAGUCACCAGUGUGGGUUCAGCUCCACAAUGGAAGGGAACGAACUGAGCGAGGACGAACAGUGGGCAAAGAUUCGACUGGAGGUUGAGAUCGCAAAAGCGCUUUGGGGAGAAGACUUGUCUAAGUGA